AUGCAUUUUCUUUCCAUCUUUGUAUGGCUACUAUCAACACUUUCAACAACUGCUGUUUGUGCCGUAAAAUGUUACUGUACCGAUGAUCACUGCGUACCGUAUGGUGUAUGUGAAAGCACAAUUUGCUUGGUUGGAAUUCUCAAAAGCUCAAAUUCGGUCAUUCGAACGUGUGGUAGCGAAAUGACUGGUUGCCGAAGAAAUGUUGGAAGAUGGCUUGAUCUAUGCGCGUGCGACAAACCACUAUGUAACACAUUUUCAUAUCUCAGGAGUAAUUCUAAACGUGAGGACGAAAUAUCAGAUGGUGACUCCCUCAUUUUCAGUCUAGCUGACAAUACAUUUGACUGUUUUGGUUUAAAAAAUAUUAUUCGAGAAUAUUAUAGCGUAGAUUCGAAUCCAUCACAUCCUGAACCGGAUGCCCCUUUAUCCACCCGUACAUCUUUUCUCACGAUACUUCUUGUUGGUGUGCCGUUGGCGGUUGGAGCUGCCACCGUGAUUGUUGUUGCCUUUAAUUACUACUGCCACCUUUGUUAA